GUUAAACCUCACUCUUAAUCCAACUCAUCAAAGAAAGAAAAAAACCAACACACCAACCAGAAAACUAGACUUAACCUUUCUCAAUGUUUUCUUCAUUUAAACCAAAUGAUAAUCACAGCUAUAAAUCACUCUCACCAUGGGCAUUUACAAUCUCAACAAUCUUAAUCACCAUCAUUUUAAUCACAAGAACCUUCAUUUCAAACUUUUCAAUUCCAAUCACUUCAACAAGUUCUUCAUCAUCAUCACCAUCACCAUCAUUCUUUAACACCAACUUAUUUCAAAACGCACUAAAAUCCAACCCACAACCCAUCCAUUCCAAUGUCAAUACGUUAAAUCAACUAACCGAUCAAUUACCAUUCUUUAGUUCAAUCCGAGUAGUUUCAUUAAAAUCAAGAACAGAUCGAAGAAAUCAUAUGAAAAAAUUAAAUUCAUUUUUAGAUUUAAAGAUUAAAUUUUCAGAUGCGAUUUUAUAUAAUGAUUCAAGAGUGAAUGAGAUUGUAAAUCGAGUUGGAAAUCAAACUAAAGCAGAUAAAAAGAUGGCAGAGGUUGGUCAUGUGGCUUGUAGAAUGUCUCAUCGGAUGGCUAUUCAAGCUGCUGAAGAUGAUCAUGAUGAAUUUACUUUAAUCUUAGAAGAUGAUGUGGAUAUCGAAUCUGCUUUCAAAUAUUUAUCUGGAACGAUCCUAAGAGAUGUUCCAAAAGAUUGGGAUAUGAUAUUUUUUGGUCAUACUGAUUUUAGUGAUGAAUCAAGACACGGAAGGGAUCCAAGAACAUCAAAUUUCUAUAUCUACAAAUCCAUCGAACCACAAGGAGGACACGGAUACGCACUUUCACCUAAAGGACGCAAACUAAUCUUAGAUUUGUUAUCAAAUAAACGUCCCGAAUUGUAUGAAACAGAUGAAGGACAACCGAUUGAUGAAAUCUUUAUGUAUUUAGCAAGGUUACAUAAAGCUAAUUUGUUUUCAAUCAUACCGGAUCUCAUCAUUCAAAAAUCUUUGUUUAAAUCAGAUAUCUUUAAUACUUCGGCUGGGUUUAAGGAUGGAAUGCAUGAUAAAGUUUUAUUGGAUUCGGCUUUAGAUCGGAUUCGUUUACUUGAUAAUCGGCUUAAUCUUACUACUCUUCAUCCUUGAAUUCCGUUUUUCUUUCUUUUUAGCGUUUUGGUUUUGGUUUUGGUUUUGGUUUUCGAAUGGGGUUUCUUUUUUUUGAUUAAUUCUCAUUUCUUUUGGAUUUGGUUUGCUUACAAAUCCAAAUCCCUUCCUUCUUUGAUUUCAUCUCUCUCUCUCUCUCGCUUGCUUGCUCUUGUAUUCUAAGACCUUCAUUCCUCAAACCUUUCUUCUUUCUCUUUUUCUUUCUUUUCACUUUUUUGAAUAUUAAAUUUAGGAAGGAAUCUUUUUUAUAUAUUGUUUUUUUAAAUUUGCAAUGUGAUUUUUUUUUUGAAAAGAACAAUUAAAGUACAACACGAAAACAUUUUGAAAUC